AGGAAAAAAAAAAUCAAUCUCUGUUUGUACAGAGAUACCUACAUACGUACAAACCCGUGACACCAGAGAUUUUCCUUCCCUUCCAUGCUCUUCCUCCCUGCCCCAAUUCCUGCCUUUUCGUUUUCUUCCCACCCCGUUGUUAUUGACUUAUUAUAUUUCCUUUGAUUCCUGUCCACUCAAAGCAUUCAAAGAUCUCGUUCUUCGUGAUUUGGUGGUUCAUACCUGUUGAAUAUUUCAUCAUCAUCAAGAUCCGGACCGGGUCCCCACCCCCAAUUGUUCUCAAUUUUCUGAUAGAGAGGAUUGACCACUGGGGCCAUUCCCUCCCACCCGCCGCCUAUCGAUUCUGCCCUUACCCUUUCUCGCCCACCUGAUUCUUUGCUCUCUUCCUUCUUCCCCUCUCUGACAGAACACCUCCCCCCCAGAAUUUUUUUUGCCUUUUCCCUCUUUACUCUUGAUUUGUGCAUGUGCAUUCCUGGCCUACAAUCUUCCCAGAACCUCUAAAUUGCGACCACUUGAAAUAAUGGGUCAGACUUUGUCAGAACCAGUAGUCGAUAAGACUUCGUCCGAGGGCGAAGAUGAUUGCUGCAUCUACGGCGUCUCAGCCAUGCAGGGCUGGCGAAUCAGCAUGGAGGAUGCCCAUGCUGCCGUCCUAGACCUCCACGCAAAAUAUACGAGUCCGGAAGAGACACCAACGGAUCCCGCCAAACGCCUAGCUUUCUUUGGAGUAUAUGAUGGACAUGGUGGAGACAAAGUCGCACUGUUUGCUGGAGAUAAUGUGCAUAAGAUCGUCGCAAAACAGGAUUCAUUCGCAAAGGGCGACAUUGAACAGGCCCUGAAAGAUGGCUUUUUGGCUACCGAUCGCGCUAUCUUAGAAGACCCGAAAUAUGAAGAGGAAGUCUCCGGCUGCACGGCAGCUGUCAGUGUAAUCUCAAAACAUAAGAUCUGGGUGGCCAACGCGGGUGAUUCUCGCUCUGUGCUUGGUGUCAAGGGCCGCGCAAAGCCUCUCUCAUUUGAUCAUAAACCACAGAAUGAAGGCGAGAAGGCUCGUAUCAGUGCCGCAGGUGGCUUUGUCGAUUUCGGCCGUGUGAACGGAAACCUGGCCCUGUCGCGAGCCAUUGGUGAUUUCGAGUUCAAGAAAAGCCCCGAGCUUGCGCCCGAACAGCAGAUCGUGACCGCUUAUCCGGAUGUGACAGUUCAUGAGCUUAGUGAUGACGAUGAAUUUCUUGUCAUAGCCUGUGACGGUAUCUGGGACUGCCAGUCUUCCCAGGCUGUGGUUGAGUUUGUCCGCCGUGGUAUCGCCGCGAAGCAAGAACUUCACCGGAUUUGUGAGAACAUGAUGGAUAACUGCUUGGCUUCAAACAGCGAAACCGGUGGGGUUGGAUGUGACAAUAUGACUAUGAUAAUCAUUGGCCUCCUAAAUGGUAGGACUAAAGAGGAGUGGUAUAAUCAGAUAGCUGAGCGGGUGGCCAAAGGCGACGGCCCUUGCGCUCCUCCCGAAUACGCUGAAUUCCGCGGCCCUGGUAUCCGUAAUCAGUUUGAAGAAAACCCGGAUGACUACGAUAUGGAAAAUGAUCGCGCGCGUGGUUUCAGUGUUCGCUCCGGCCGCAUUAUUCUUCUAGGUGACGGCACCGAGCUGGUCCCUGAUCAAAACGACGAGGAGCUCUUUGACCAAACUGAGGAAGAUCGGGAUUUACCUAGUCAGGUGCAACGCGAAUUGCCUGAUUCUACCAGGAAUGAGCGUGAAGGAACUCCGGGACCUCAGUCGAAAACUGACACUGCCUCCAAGUCUGAAGAAGGAUCAUCUGCUAGUACAUCCGAGUCAACCUCUACUCCCGCAGGAAGCUUUACCUCUGGAGCCCCCGAAAAAUCUACGUCGUAGUUGUGAUGGGCUAUUUGCAUCUGUAUCCGCCUUUCCGUUAUUUUGGUUUUUGAAACGAAUCUUGUGAUUUUAUGAUUGUUCCGCCUUGCAUCCAUGUCCUCCCACUUUCGC